AUGAACGAAAAUCCCAACAGAGCCGAAGCCGAACGCCUUCUCGGAAUCGCCGAGAAACUCUUACAAUCACGAGAUCUCAACGGUACAAAAGACUUCGCAGUUUUAGCUCAAGAAACCGAACCCCUUUUGGAAGGCUCAGAUCAGAUCUUAGCCGUUGCCGAUGUUCUUUUAUCAGCUGAAAAACGCAUCAACAAUCACCACGACUGGUAUUUGAUCUUGCAAAUCAGCCGCAAAACUAACGAUUCCGAGCUCAUAAAAAAGCAGUAUCGUCGCCUUGCAUUACUUCUCCAUCCAGACAAGAACAGGUACCCUUUCGCGGACCAAGCCUUCAAGCUUGUCGCUGAUGCUUGGGCUGUUUUGUCUGAUGUUGGUAAAAAAACGCUGUACGAUAAUGAAUUGACUUUGUUUUCGAAGAUUGAUUUGACUGCUUCAGGGAAAUUACCGGUCAGGAGAAGUCAGAGACCUGUUGGCCAUAAAAAGGCCGAACAUGUGAAAACUAAUGUCAAUAACGUGAGUAAUCAACAAGAAGGGCAGGGACAGAGAGCGAAAUUAUCUUCGUUUUGGACUGCAUGUCCGUAUUGUUAUAUUUUGUAUGAGUAUCCAAGGGUUUAUGAGAAUUGUUGUUUGAGGUGUCAAAAUUGCCGGAGAGGGUUUCAUGCGGUUUUACUACCGUCAUUGCCGCCUUUGGUUCCCGGGCAGGAGUCUUAUUAUUGCUGCUGGGGGUUCUUUCCUUUGGGGUUUACACUUGGUACUGCAGGGAGUGGAGAGAAAAAUGGUAGUGUGGGUGGGAGGUUUCCUAAUUGGAUGCCGCCAAUGUUUGGGACAGAUCAGCAGCAAGGAAGUGAUAAGCGUGGUGGCAAUGUGGCGGCAAAUGUGGGUGAUAAGAGUUGUAGCGUUGGCGGCCAUGGUGUUGGUGGUAUUAGAGGUAAUGCUGCAGCUGCCACGCCAGUGAGGGUUGGUGUGGAGGGUAGGGAUAGAGUGGUGGAGGCUUCUGAUGGGAGUGCAAAGGGGAUGUCUGGGACAGCAGGGGUGGCUGGGAAUGCAACGGGGACGGCAGGGCCCAGGAAGAGAGGAAGGCCUAGGAAAUAUCCCUUGCGGGCAUAG